AUGGGUCUGCUUCUUCUUCGCGUUUUUGCUUCUUCUUCGAGGUACGUUUCUUCUUCGCGUUUUGCUUUUUCCACCAUUGUUGCCGACGAUGGCGAAAACCGCUAUCGGGAAAUCAUGGUAAGGACCAGAGGAUUAGGUCGUGCCUUAGGUCAGGUCACUGGCAGAGGUGUGGGCAGAGGAGAUCAUGAUGAUUCCGAUGAUGUUCCACAGCGUCAACAGCCUACUGCAUCCGCACGGAGGCAGCGAGUCGCUGUGACUGCGGCGCACGAUGAAACAAAUGUUCAGGAUGACCCGAUGGAGGCACCAGCUGUUGUAGAGGACAUUGUGGCAGACAUUCCUGCGGACACAGGUGCAGAGGCUGCUGAGGAUGAGGAUGAGGGAUUUCCGGGUGGUCCGAGCGACCCAUCCGUGUUGAUCCAGUAUGCGGAUCACGUUGCUUACAGCAUAUGGACGGGAGAGCUAUCAUCUCAUGGGAGGAAGGUCCACAGUUUAGGCAGGCCUGUCCCUGCCAUUAAGGGACUUGUUGCUGGUACAGGACUAAGUCCUCUGAUCGCGUGUUCGGUAGACACCGGCGAUCGGGGACUUUUGUCCGCGUUUGUCGAGCGGUGGCACCAGGAGACGUCUAGUUUCCAUCUCCCGGUGGGAGAGCUCACCAUCACGCUGAACGACGUUUCCUCGCUUCUUCAUCUUCCCGUGAUUGGCGACUUACACGCUUUUGAGCCCUUGCACGUGGACGAUGCGGUUCAAAUGCUGGUGGACUUAUUGAUGGUCUCUGCAGAGUCUGCUAGGGCUGAGACAGCCCAAUGUCGUGGACCGUACGUACGCCUGCAAUGGGUACGUGAUAUAUAUGAGCGCCGAUGCCAGGAAGGUCAUUGGACAGCUGCAGCUCGCACAUAUCUUCUUCAUCUUCUGGGUUGCACUUUGUUUGCUAACAAGAGUGCAACCAAUGUCCAUGUUGUCUACUUGGAGGCCCUUCGUGACCUCAGUAUGACGGAGAGGUACGCCUGGGGAGUGGCUGCUUUGUGCUGGAUUUAUGAGCACUUUCCGUCAGUCGCGGACUCCACUGCUGAUCAAGAGUACGACGAGGAUUCUCCGCGUGCGUGUAGGUGGAUUGCGACCAAGAAGACCGUGAAGAGCAUUCGUAUGCCGGCGUACAGGGAGCGCCUGGACUGA